AUGGUGUGGGUGCCCCUGAGCCCCACGAGCAGUGACCGCCGGGCCCCGCUGCGCGCUCCCAGCACCACCACCAUGUCUUUGGAGUGGCUGAUGGACUGGAGCUGGUCCCUGGACGGCCUCCGGGAUUUUAUCGCCACCGGCAUCCAGUCUUUCCGCGACUGCGACGCCACGGCCCUGGUGGCCGUCGCCUGCCUGCUGGUCCUCUUUGUGUGGUACUGCUACCACGUGGGGCGGGAGCAGCCCCGCGCCUACACCACGGUGAAUGCGCUGAUGCAGAGCGCCGAGGCCAACGGCGUGCAGAACGGCUUCGUGUACUGCCAGUCGCCCGAGUGUGUGCGCUGCUCGCACCACGACGGCCUCAACCAGAAACUCUACCACAACCUGCAGGAGUACGCCAAGCGCUACUCCUGGUCCGGCAUGGGCAGGAUCCACAAGGGCAUCCGUGAGCAGGGCCGCUACCUCAACAGCCGGCCCUCCAUCCAGAAGCCAGAAGUCUUCUUCCUGCCCGACUUGCCCACCAUGCCCUACUUCUCCCGGGACGCUCAAAAGCACGAUGUGGAGUUGCUGGAGCGCAACUUCCAGACCAUCCUGUGUGAGUUUGAGACCCUGUACAAGGCGUUCUCAAACUGCAGCCUCCCACAAGGAUGGAAAAUGAACAGCACGCCCAGCGGGGAGUGGUUCACCUUCUACCUGGUGAACCAGGGCAUGUGCGUGCCCAGGAACUGCCGGAGAUGCCCACGGACGUACCGCUUGCUCGGGAGCCUCCGUACCUGCAUUGGCAACAAUGUCUUUGGGAACGCCUGCAUCUCUGUGCUGAGCCCAGGCACCGUCAUCGCCGAGCACUACGGGCCCACCAACAUCCGCAUCCGCUGCCACCUCGGUCUGAAGACUCCCAGCAACUGCGAACUGGUGGUGGGGGGCGAGCCCCAGUGCUGGGCUGAGGGCCGGUGCCUGCUUUUCGACGACUCCUUCCUGCACACAGCAUUCCACGAAGGUGCCCCGGAGGAAGGUCCCCGCGUGGUGUUCAUGGUGGACCUGUGGCACCCCAACGUGGCCGCGGCCGAGCGCCAAGCCCUCGACUUCAUCUUCGCGCCGGGACGAUGACGGCGCUGCCCGGC